UUUCAGAAAGAAUUGGGCUGUUGAAAGACACGGGAAAUGGCGAGAACCAACUUUCUCCAGCGCUGUUUAUCCCAAAUUUGCAUGUGGAUCUGGAUACAUAGUAUCGAACAAGAUUCAUUCGUGGCUCGUUGAGAAUAAAAACCUACUACAAAAAUUUCAGGGUGAAGAUGUGUCAACAGGGAUCUGGCUAUCUGGGCUCGGCAUCAUUCACAUCCAAGAUGACAGAUGGCGCUGUGACCUGUCAUGUCAGCAUAAUGCUUUUUCUGUACCAGAGUUGAAUGCAGGAAUGGUGUGGUGGCAUUGGAAUAACAGCAAACACUGUUCAUCGCCUUGCCAACCAUGUUGA